AUGGGUGGUGGAGGUGGAUUUAAAGGUGGAGUAGGUCGGGGAGGUUUUGGAGGAGGAGGUGGUGGAGGUGCUGGGGGAGGUGGACUAGGUGGAGGAGGAUGGUUACAAAGGAGAGGAAGAGGUGGGCAGCUAUUACAAAUGUCGCAGGGUGCACGUUUGAUCACUGCAUGUGGGAAUAUAGGAAGGUUUGUCAAGAGGGCCAGAGAAGAUGGUCCAUUGGGUGUCGCCAAAAGUCUUGGGGAGAGAGUCAUGAAGGGACUCCCAGGUAAUAAAAGAUGCCAUGGUGGAUGUUCUCCUAUCGCGCCUGAUGAAGGAAAGGAUACGUAUGAGAUAACUGAAGAUCAAACUAUAGAGGAUCUGAGCAAGCGCAAGGUACUGCGUAAGCAGAGCAGUCAAGCGACAUUACCAAUGUCUAACUUCAGUGGGCAUUGA